AUGGCCUCACUGACCUCUUCCAGUCGCAGAUCCUCCUCAUCCUACCGCUCGUCUUCACGUUACAGCACCUCCAGCUCCUAUCGUUCGGAGGGCUCACUUGGUGGAUCGUCCGAUUCUCUGGAUCCCCUUUUCGAGCCGUUUCUCGACUCUGCCGAUCACUCUGCUCUGUUUGGAGAGGAGAGCCCCGGAGGAUCCGGCUGUUUGGCCCCCUUCAGCCGGCACAGCAGGUCCUCCUUUGGACAAACUGCUCCUGUAGGUGGCGCUGUGACAGGCCGGCAGAGCGGUACAGUUGGAGGCGUUCGAUGCCUGGGAGACACUUACUACGUGUCAGCUGACGUCAGCCAGUUCGAGCCACAUGAUGUAGUGGUGAUGGCCUACAACCACCAUGUUGUCAUCCACGCCCAGAAGGUUCUAGAUGAUGGAAGCGUCAGUGACACGUUUACCCAUAAGUCCCUGUUUCCGGAGGACAUGGACCCGUUGUCCGUCAGUGGGACCCUUAACCAUGAUGGUACCCUGGUUGUGAGCGUCCGCCGGACCCCCGCACUGGGCGGACUGGAGCCCCUGGGUGUCCCCAGCUACCGAAGUGAAACUUGCCUUUGA